AGAGAGAGAGAGAGAGAGAGAGGCUUCUGAGGUAGGCAGAGACAGGGUGGUCGGUAUAGCGAGAGGGCACUGUGAUCAUCCAACCCCUUUAUGUGAAUCCUCCUCUAGGAGACUUAUCAUCUGACUCAGGAGCACUGAGUCUAUCUGGAGCCAAGGGUCCAUAGGCACUCAGAGUCAAAAUGGAGUCCUUCAGCUCUAAGGACAUGGCCAUGAAGGCCCAGAAGAAAAUCCUCAGCCACAUGGCCAGCAAAUCCAUGGUGCAGAUGUUAAUUGACGACACCAGCAGCGAAAUCCUGGACGAGCUCUACCGCAUCUCCAAGGAACACUCUGGAAACCGCACAGAGGCCCAAAAGGUGGUCAAGGACCUGGUAAAGGUGGUGGUAAAGGUGGGGGUUCUCUUUCGGCACAACCGCUUCAGUAAAGAGGAGCUCAGCCUGGCUCAGGACUUCAAGAAGAAGCUGCACCAGGGGGUCAUGACGACAAUCAGCUUCCAGGAGGUGGAGUUCACAUUUGAUAAGGCUGUCAUGAUGGAGCUUCUGACAGAUUGUAGGGACAUCUUGCUGAAGCUCGUGGAGAAACACCUGACACCCAAAUCCUUUGGACGUAUUCGGCAUGUCUUCAACCACUACUCUGACCCAGACCUACUGACCAACCUCUACACCCCCGGCGGCCCACUCUGGCCUAAUCUCACCAAGAUCUGCAAUGGCCUGAACAAACUGGUUGAGGAAGGCAAGCUUUGAGUGGGAAUUACGAACAACGCUGGAAAAAGGAGAAACUGUGGCAGGCCUAUUAAAGAAUUCUGAAUUCAGUUUGCCCAUGAAAAUAUCAUUUUGGUAGCUUAAUGGGGACAUUGACUCAGUGUGAGUUGAUGAUGUAGAUAUGGAUUUAUGUUGGGAUCUUUAUGAGGGCAUGGAAUCGUCGCCCUUGCUUUACAACAUAAGCCAUCUGCAUUAGGGCUGGGCGAUAUAUUGUGCAUUCAUCAUUAUCACAAUAUGAAUGUGAUUGAUAUGCGUAGUCACAUUUCACCAUCAGGAUAUUACCUCUGCCUCUGCCUAAAUGCAUUUCAGUCGAAUGCUGUUGGAGCUAAGUAAAGUCCAUUCAAACAUGACAUAUGAAAGAAAAAAAGGCAUUUUUUUUUUGCUAAAAUCACCUGUGAAAUCGUCCAAAUAUUUUUUGUUGACUUCUUUGUCAGGACUCCCUGCUUCCAGCACGAUAAGAAUGCAUCUGUGGUCUAAUUUCAAUUGACUAGUCCUCCUGUUUUAAGACAUUAGCUCUUUUAUUAGCUAUUUUACGAGUGUGUUAAGACUACAGGAUGGGGUUGGGGGGCUAGCAGUUUAAACGUUUGUUUAUAACAUGUUUUACAGUGUGUAGUAUUUCAGCAGUAGCACUUAGUGGAUGUUAUGCAAUGGGAGAAGAAUGAGGCAACAAUUAACCAUGAACCAUAACACUUUCCACAGGAGAUACAGAACUGCACAGCAAGUGAACUCUAACGGGUGUUCCCUACCCCUUUGCAAGUUAUCUGUUUUCUAGAACUGUCUUAGAUUUCGAAUGGGAAUAUCUGCAAUUACAGGACUUACGGGCCAAAAUAUAGUUUGUAUCUAUCAGGCUUGAAAGAUUAUUGUGAGUUCUGUUUUGUUAAACUUCAGACUACAAAAUGUUUGGCAAAGAAGGAAACAGGAACAGUCAAAAAGACAGCACCCUCAGGCUUUCCCCGGAAAAUGGCCUCAGGAAAUGAGGCAAGCAUGCAUCACCUGCCUGCAUUGUGAGACUAGAUAUGCAAACAUUGAUUAACGUGUCAUUCCAGUUUCAGUACAUGCCAUUAAUGCAACAGGUUAUCAUGUUCUUAGCCAAAACUGUGAACAAAGACCAGUUCAUGAAGCCAUGCUGUCCUCUAGUGGGCUAUAGUGAAUAUUGCACCUGGAGUUGGAUUACUUACUGGCACUUGUAAUUUACCAUAAUUCAAGAUGCUUCUUUCAAUUCUGAUGAAUAUACAAUCAGUACUAUCACAUAGGCAACUGUAUUAAUAUUAUUGAAAGCUACAAUAAAAGCCUUAAAAUAAU